AUGUCGGAGACGCCAUCACUGUUGCUGUCACCAACAACUACUGCGGAUAUUAUGCCAAUCUUGUUCAGUAGUGAUGACGAAGAGGAGCCGUUGGUGAUGGCUAUCGUACAUUCCAAUUUAGAAGGUAGUAAUGAGGUAGUCAGCAGUGUAGCAAAUGAAAAUCUGAACAAUAUUUCCGUAUCAUCACAAUCAGUACGUUCUGCCAAGCUACCAUCUCCAGACUUGGAUGCCAUUCUCUCACUUGGGAGCGAUGAUAGUGUGCAAGACCCACACUGGGUUCCUCCCUCAGAAAAAAUAAAUCGGCGGUUGUCUGUAUCUGACAGUGAAGAUGAAGUCCCAUUGUUGCUAUUAAGAACGAGUGAGCCAAGCUCUUUAGAAAAUAUACUACCGACAGACGAGGACAUUGAACACCAUUUCAGGUCUAAAGAAAACGUUGUGCAAUUAAAUAGAAAAGCUAGAGUUUUAGGUAAGUCCUAUCUGGGAUUUAAGAAGAGUGAUAACGGUAAAUAUAAACCCUGUGUUGAAAAACCAAAAAGAGAAAUCAAACCUCGAUGUUCUCACACAAAAUUGAACACCGAUUCAAAACAUAAAAACUCAUUCUUGUGUGCAUCCAUUACGGAAGAAGAUCGUAAAGCUAUUCAUUCAUAUUUCUGGGGCCUUAAAACAUGGGCCCAAAAGAAAACGUUCGUGAGGACUGCUGCUGUUCGUAGAUUAAUUAGACAUCGUCGCCGCAAAGACUAG